ACAUUCUAGUAGAUGCCGUUUUGUUAAAAGUUGUAUUAAGAAUUUUCGCCAGAAAUUAUUCAAAAAUGGAAAACAAUUUGGUAAAAUCUCUUAAUAAAAUUAAAUCUACCAUAAACGAAAAUGAUCAAGUCGUAUGGGCAUGCCAAGCAUCUACUAAAACCUACGAGGAAGCAUCGAACAAACUCACUUUUCGAUGUGACCAAUUAACAAAGGAGAUUGCGAGGAUGGUUGAUGAAAUCAAAGAGUUUCAACCACAAGUUGAGAUUCUGGAAAAAUGUGUUGAUGUUCAGAAUGAAACUCUUAAGAUAAGUCAGCAGUCUCUUCUGACCCAUCGUUUGUACAAAAAAUGCGUCGAAGAGAAACUAACCGAAUUCGAAAAAGAAGCAGACACCCUGGUACAAGAUUACUCUAAGAAAUAUCAACUUCGUAAGGAAGAACUGGAGCGUACUAAUCCAAUGUACAAAACUCUGGAAGAGAAAAGAACAGAGCUGCAGAAAUGCAAAAUCGAAUGUCUGAUUCUGCAGCAGAAAAUCUCCCAACGAAAACAAAUCAACGAGCAAAAACACGAGAUACAAAGGAAACUUUUUUAUUCGGAUAUGGUAUCAUUUGCAGCAGCCUGGUUGAGGAGAGACAGAAUUUUGAGGGAGUUUGAGGAAGUCAAACAGAAGGAAAAAGAAUGCAUGAUCAGGUUGUUGGAAAUAAAGGAGAGUUUCAAAAUGAAACAAAAGAUGGGUUAUUCGAGGAAAGAUAACAAGGUUCCUCGAAUUGAGUUUCCUAAAAAUAAUGUGAAGAAUGAUACUGCAGCGAUGCCUGGGAAGAACCAAAUAAAUGAUCUGAAAUUAUUUGAGAAAUCUCCGACCACCAAUCCAUUCUAUGAACUGACGAACCUUUUAGAGGAAAAAAAAUGUACCCUUCCAGAUACCGUCAAAACUGAUUCAAGAAAGACAUUAGCACCUAGUAAUUACCAACAAAAAACUGAGUUCAACAGCACUCACUCUAAAGUGAGAAUUUUGGAAAACAAAAUCAUAACUCCUCCUAGUGUACAAGCUAAGCCAAUCGAAACUCUCACCAAGGAAGAAAGAGGUAAAGCAAUCGAAGCGAAACUUCAAAAAGUCGUGCGAAACUUCAACAGAAAUUUAUCCAGACGGCACAGUCAACAUACUCUAAAAACUCUCAAGAGCGAUCUUCAAAACGGUAAAAUUACGGACCAGCCUCAAGAAGAGAAGCUCGUUCCGAUGGAAGGGGUAGAAAACUCGAACUCUCAGAAAGAAACUGGUGCUACUCAGGAUCUGGCGAAUUUGAAAAUCCUCAGUCAAGAUAUGAACGAAAAUGUUCUGAAUUUAAUUUCCCAAGAGUCGACGAAUAAUCCGGAAUCUACCUUGAAGAAGUUCAAAUAUAGUCCAGAGAGAAAACUUUCAUUACUGAACAAGCAAGACUCCACGCAAGAAGAAAAAACUGGUGGUAAUUUGUUUGGAAUGACUUCUCUGAGAAAGAGUCAGAAUGUGCCAAAAAGUCCGAUUAUUGACACAAAGAACAACCAAGAGUUUCUGCAGAGAACAACGAAUAAUUCAUUCAAAAAAUCUGAAGCUGCUACAUUCUUGAAAACUCCCCAUUUCACUAUGAAGUCAGGUGCAAAUCCGUUUCGUAGUCCCUUUGCUAGUGAAAAACAUAAACAAGAAUCAAACAACUUUUCAGGUAAACCAGGAACUAAUAAUCACCCGUUUAAAUCCAACUCAGCACCUCUGGAUGUUUUACAGAAUUUACGAAAUGAUGUUAACAAUGUAUUUAAGAAACCAACAGAUACAGGUGUCGUUUUUGCAAAUCAGGAGCAGGCUCAUGUGGAAACUAUGGCUACCAGAACAAAUAAUGCAUUACACAGCGAGGAGAAAUCUGUGAAACCGAGUGAAUUCAAUGAUGAAAAUGAUUUUUUUAAUAUGGGAGGUCAAUAUAACUUCGGAAACGUAACCCAAUUCUCCCAAAAUCUAAACGAAUCAGUCGACUAUGAGACGGUAUGGAGCCCCCCGGAAGCCGAUUUUGCCAAGAGUCCCCCCACUGAGAACGCGAUAUUUUCUUUCGGGAAGUCUAGUACUGGAUUUGAAAUCAAAUUCUGAAUAGAAUCAAACGCUGUUCUAAGUAUUGCAUUCGUAUUAACAAUUUUCAAGGAUGAAACUUAGAUUUUAAGAUUUAUGGAAAACACGAAAUGUAUUUUUUGUUGUUAAUUUGUUGUGAGAAAAAAGCAUUUGUUUAGUUUUACUCGUACACUCUGUAUUAUCAUGCCUGUUUGACAACGUCAGUUGUGCUGUCAUUUGAAAAAUUAAAUUUUGAAUUUUUGUGGAAA